AAAAACCAGAUCUCAUCCAAGGGAAAACUCACAGUCCCUCCUCACUAAUUAUUUAAUCCCCUUAGUUCCACCAUUAAAGCUCUGCUUUAAAUUCAUUCCCUCUAAUUUUUCCAUUUUAUCAAACUUCAUCAAGAUUCAAAGAAGCGAGAUAAAUAGACACUUCAAUGGCUCUAAGGAAACCUGGUUUGAUUGCUUUGUUUGAUGUUGAUGGAACACUUACAGCUCCAAGAAAGACGGCUACCCCUGAAAUGCUGGAGUUCAUGAAGGAACUGAGGAAGGUUGAUUCUGUUGGAGUAGUGGGUGGAUCUGACCUUAGUAAGAUAUCUGAACAACUUGGGAAAUCAGUUAUUAAUGACUAUGAUUAUGUAUUUUCUGAAAAUGGGCUUGUUGCUCAUAAAGAUGGGAGGCUAAUUGACACUCAGAGCUUGAAGUCAUUUCUUGGAGAGGAGAAGCUGAAGGAAUUUAUAAACUUCACGCUGCAUUAUAUUGCUGACUUGGAUAUCCCUAGAAAAAGGGGUACAUUCAUUGAAUUCCGAAGUGGGAUGCUCAACGUAUCUCCAAUCGGACGAAACUGCAGCCAAGAAGAAAGGGAUGAAUUCGAGAAGUAUGACAAGGUUCACAAUAUUCGGCCAAAAAUGGUUUCUGUGCUUCGAGAAAAGUUUGCUCACCUUAACUUGACGUUUUCCAUUGGAGGGCAAAUAAGCUUUGAUGUUUUCCCCAAGGGCUGGGACAAAACAUACUGCUUGAGAUAUCUUGAAGAUUUUCCAGAAAUUCACUUCUUUGGCGACAAAACUUACAAGGGAGGGAACGAUCAUGAAAUUUAUGAAUCGGAGAGAACAGUGGGACACACAGUUACGAGUCCUGAUGAUACAGUGCGGCAGUGCAAAGCUCUCUUCCUAAGCCACCCUUGAACACCACCGUUUUUCUUCUUGAUGAUACAUAUUUUUGUUCUCGUAGUAUAUGAGAAGAACAAGUGCCAAACCGCUGUUGGCUCAAGUAUGUAGUUUUAUAUAUAGUUGUCAAAUUGGUUAAAAUUUGCCUAUUCAGAACCUGCAGAAAUUAUUGUGUCACGAUUAUUCUUUUUUACUACAAUUCACUUUUGGACCUUUACUGUAUUAAGGUUGCAGCAAUUUAUAUCUUUUAGUA